ACAAAAGAAAUCUGGUGCUGCUCAUGACUGCUGUUCAAAACAGACUCGACUGACGAAUUCGGUGUGCCGCUCGCUACCCAGCUUAGAUCUCUCUCUCUCUCUCUCUCUUUCUCUUCGGAGAUCGUCUUUUCUUCUUCUUUAUUUGAAACCUACACUCCGUCUCUGUAUCUGAGACCCAAACCCCUCUGCUUGUUUCGUUUCUCCACUUCUCGCAAGAUCUAAAGAGAUCAUUCCAAUGGAGGAACGGAGAGAGGAAAGUGAAAGUGUUGGUGAUUGCAGAGAGCCCACGGAGGGAGCUGGUAAAGGACUAGGUUUGUCUUCUCAAACUGAAACCCUAGCUUUCGAGGAUGCCACCACGGUAGAGGUCGGAAAUGGCAAUACGGGUAAUUCGGUUUCUGAUGAUGCAAGUCCUGACGAUUUGGUUGAGACCAAGGAUAACAUUGAGGAGACACUUAGCUCUGGUGAUGUUGAAAAGACUGAUGCUAUCACGGAGCCUGAAACUGAGGGAAACCAAGUGGAGCGUGACGAUGAUGCUGGAGCUGUUGAGGUGAAGCCGGUAAAUGGUGAAAGUCAUGAAAUUGCUGGAGAAGAGGGCAAUGUAAUCUCUGGUGGGAAUGAGGUGACUGGUGAGAAGGAAAACUGUGAAGUUGAAGAAAACGGCGGUGCUUAUGAUGCCGAGCAAAAUGUUCAGACUGAGAAGUCACAGCAAAGUCCUGUCGAUGGUGAGAUGCUUCCUGUUUCAGAAGAGAAAACGGACCAAGAGGAAGAGGAAGCAGCAAGGAAAAGUGAAGAGGAGGAUAUAAACAAAAUGGAUGUUGAUAGCAAACAGGCGAAUGAAGAGAAUGUUGCUGCACAAGUUUCAGAGGUGUCUCCUCAGUUAAGCAAAGAGGACACGAACGAAGAAAACCUAGGAAAUGUUUCGGAAGUUUCUGAAAUAUGUCGUGAAGAAGAUGAAAACGGAGAAGCCAUGGAAGUUGAUUAUGCAACAGAAGAGCCGGUGGAAAAGAAUGUUACAGUAGGUGGUGUUUUGGAUAAUGCUGGCAGUGAAUCUGCUGGUGCAAGUAUGGUACAAACCCAAGAUGUUCCAAUAGCUGAAGCUGACAAGAAUGAUUCCAAUGUAGUAAAGGAAAUGGAAACUGAUGAACGGAAAGAUAGUGCUAAUAUGGCAAGUGAUGUUACCGAAACGAUUGAAUCUGCUGAGUUAGCAAAACCAAACAGUCCCAAUGAAGAUGCUGCUCCAGGUGAAGUUGAACCGGUGGAUCAUAAUGCUCUUUUUGAUCCAAGUUCUGAUAUUACCAACUUUAUUGAUUUCAGUGGUGUAUCAUCUUGGUCAGGGAAUAUACAAGACCUUAAAUCUGAAACCGGGAAUGUGUCUUUGAAAGAGGAUAAGAAAGCUUCUGACUUGGCAGAGGGAGUUGCCACGGUCGAGACCCUUAAAUCCGUUGACGCUAAAGUGGAUGCUGAGUCCCGUGAUCAACAAAGCUUAAGUGCCCAAGGUAUUGAAAAUGAAUCGAAAGAAGCCCGUCUUGCUACAGAAUCUCCAAGAGAAGCUUCUGAUGCAAUUAUGGGAUCUGACGAAAACCAAGAAGAUAUGGAUCAUGAAUGCUUAGAUCAGAAAGCAGUAGAUCACCAAGAUACAAUGGGAAAUGAUAAUGACACUACUCAUGAAGCUCCCACUAUCGAUCCAGACCAAAAGGAAGAUACAGAAAUGGAGGAAAAUCCAAACAGUUUUGAUUAUGCUGAUGAUGGAACCAAUUCUGAUACUAAAACCAAUGGUGUGAAACGAAAGGCUGAUGUCCUGAGUGAGGAUUCACCAGGAGAAGGCAGGAAGACUGUUUCAUUCGCGAAGGUGUCUUUUGCCGAAAGGCCGUCCUUUAAGAUCGGUGCAUGCAUAGCCAGAGCUGCUAGUCAGAUGGCAGGAACUCCUUCAGUUUUGAAGGGUGGUAACCUUGGUGAUGAAACUCUUGCUGUUGAGAGUUUUGUAUCCCAGCUUCACUGUGCAGCAACAGACCCUGAUAAAGAGAACGUUGUAUCUGAAAUUGCUGCUGGCUUUUUCUUAGAUUUCCGAAACUCAACGGCUUCGCAGCAAAUCACCCCAGAAAUGGUAAGCAAGAAAAGAGGUAGACCAUCCAAUUCUACUGUAGGAGGAACCGAAGCAUUUGAUUUUGAGGAAAUGGGGGACACAUACUGGACUGACAGGGUGAUCCAUAAUGGUGGUGAAGAGCAAACGUCACCUACUGAGAAAGGAAACUAUCAAAUUACGCCCGUUGAGUUGAAACCUGCUCAGGUUAAAAGGACUCGCCGACCAUACAGAAGACGGCAGUCUCAGAUCAGUGUUCCUCUUCCAUCAGACUCAGACAAACCGGCAAACUUUGAUGAGAAUGCACCAGCUGAGCUUAUAAUGAACUUCUCAGAAACAGACACAAUACCCCCUGAGAAGAGUCUGAGUAAAAUGUUCAGACAUUUUGGACCAAUAAGGGAGUCGCAGACAGAAGUAGACAAGGAGAAUAACCGUGCUAGGGUAGUCUAUAGGAAGGGUGCUGAUGCCGAGGUAGCUUACAACAGCGCAGGAAGGUUCAAUAUCUUUGGGACGAAGGCUGUGAAUUACGAGCUAAGCUUUACAAUCACUGAAACAUUCAAAGUUCAGCCUUAUGUUGUGUCAUUAGGCGAGGAGGAACCAGCGCUAUCUCUUCCCUCUUAGAUGUAGUUUUGAUUCAGGCAUGCGCUUCAGGUGAAAACAAUUGGCAGGUAUCAAGCGAAGUAAACGAUGAAGUGGCGCAAUAAAAUUUGGAGGCUCUUGCUUGUGUUUGUUUUUUUACAUGUUAGGUAGAGAUCUCAUAAGGGCUGUGUAAUAGUUUGAGAGAACAUAUUAAUUUCUAGAGACAAGGAGUUCUUGGUUUAUGUCAUGUGUAAUUGUCAGAGGCUAGAGGUGCAAUCUUCUUCUUCUUCUUUUUAGGGACAAAACAUUUGAAUCUGCUGUUAUUAAACCAAGUGCUAUUUAGGAGUGUUGUUGAAGUGAUUUGGAGCAUUAAACUUUGGUUCGCUGAGA